AGGGUUGCAACACAGUUCAAGUUCUGGUCUGAAGACAAGAAAUACCUAAGCAAUGUUGCUAGGGGAAAUUUCCAAGGACCUCCUAACCCGACCACUGACUCAAAAUGAAGUGUUUGCUGUCCUUCUCCGCCUGACUGUCUUUGGAGCUGCCACAUAUUUCAGCAUAAAGUGGGUAUCAGAUGUCCUGGACCCCACUCGAAAGCAAAGGAUACAGCUAAAGAAAAAGGCAGAACGCUUGAUGAAGCAGAUUGGAGUAGAAGGAGUGAAGCUUACAGAACAUGAGAUGAACAUCGCAGCUCACUUGGUGGACCCGAAGGACAUACAAGUCUCUUGGAAGGAUAUCGCGGGCCUGGAUGAAGUGGUCAGCGAACUUCAGGACACAGUGAUCCUGCCUUUCCAGCAGAGGCACUUGUUCCAUCACUCCAGGCUCUGCCAACCCCCACGAGGUGUUUUGCUUUAUGGUCCUCCUGGCUGUGGCAAAACCCUUCUUGCCAAAGCAACAGCCCAGGCAUCGGGAUGCAGGUUCAUAAACCUGCAAGCCUCUACCUUGACUGACAAAUGGUAUGGAGAGUCACAGAAGCUCACGGCUGCAGUUUUCUCCUUGGGAACCAAGAUCCAACCCUGCAUCAUUUUCAUAGAUGAAAUAGAUGCCUUCCUGAGGAACCGCUCCGAUGCUGAUCAUGAAGCCACAGCUAUGAUGAAAGCAGAGUUCAUGAGCCUUUGGGAUGGGCUGGAAACUGGACCCAAUUGCCAGGUGAUGGUGCUGGGAGCAAGCAAUAGGCCCCAAGAUGUGGAUCCUGCCAUCCUGCGGAGGAUGCCCACAACCUUCCAGAUUGGUCUGCCUACACAGAGGCAACGGCAGGAUAUUCUGAAACUCAUUUUGUCUGGAGAAAAUCUAAGCAAUGCUGUGGACCUGAAGGAGAUGGCUGAGAAAACAAAUGGUUAUUCGGGCAGCGACCUGCGAGAAUUGUGCCGGGAUGCUGCCAUGCACAGGGUACGCGAUUAUGUUCGCAGGCAGCAGAUGAAGCAGAUUGCACAGAUGCUCCACGAUACAGACAGCGAGGAGGACAGUGACCUGGAAGAGGAACAGCUACGGCCACUUACCCAGCUUGACCUUCUGCUUGCCCUAGAGAAGAUGAAAGAGUCCAAGGGAGCUGCAUCUGCCACGUCAGCUCUGAAAAAACUUGCUUUAGACUGAACUUCUGGCCUACUAAGCCAAUACAUUGAAGAUCAUCAAACCCAGUAUGGAAAGGCAGGGAUUUAUGCUGAUGAUUCCCUGCUUUUUUACUAGCUUCGAAGUAAAGGCUGAGGUGGAGACUGAAAGGCACUGGCUGCAUAGAUGGGAGCAAGGGAAACUGGGCUGAAACACACGGAUGGGAUGUGGGGUAGGGUGGAAGUGAAGGACACUCGGAAGGGAGGAAGGUUUUAUGUCAAAUGAGAGGGGUUGGAGAUGUUAAUAAAGAACAAGGAAUAUGUAUGUACAAGGAAAAUGGCACAGCUUUUCUUUAGGGGAGGGAGCCAUUUAGUGCAAAAGUGCAAAGGAAAUCACCAGCAAAGAGAGGGUUUCUUUAAUUCUGUGGUUAGCAACCAA